AUGUCCGGGGACAAGCCUAUCAUCGAAUUUACGGAGAAUGUUGAGGGUCAACAGCACAAGCCAGCGGACCAUGUCUUGGUUGAUGCUGAUGGGCUGGUGCAGCAGUUGCCGGUGCCUAGCAAGGAUCCUAAUGAUCCGUUGAAUUUCUCCUGGAAGGAGAAGGCGUCGAUUAUUGUGAGCUGUUGUUGGUUCUCUGCAAUGUCUCUGUCCUGUGUUGGUGGUCUCGGUGCGAUUCUCGGUGUCUUCUUCGAGAUGUACGCUCCUCAAGGAUACAGCAGCAAUCAGAUUGUCUGGUUGUCUACAUUUCCUUCCCUUUUUGUCGGAAUUGGCAACUUCUUGAUUCUCCCACUUGGACUGCUUUAUGGUCGUCGUUUUGCUUUUAUCGUGUCGACAAUUGUCCUCUUGGGAGCUACUAUCGGAUGCGCUCUCAAUAAAUCAUGGGAACAGCAUCUUGCGUUGAGAAUUAUCCAGGGUCUAGCAGCCGGUGCUACCGAAUCUGUCCUCCCCCUGAUCCUCGCCGAGAUUACAUUCGUCCACCAACACGGCAUGGUCUAUGGUCUCUACUGGGCUGCCCAAAACGCCAUCACCGGCUGCCUUACUCUAGCCGCUUCGUACGAAGUCGCCGCCCUGGGAUGGCGCUGGUAUUACUGGGUCUUCACGAUCACGAUUGCAGUGGGUCUCGUCAUGGUCGUCUUUGGCAGCUUCGAGACUAGCUACAAGCGCAGUUCGCAGUUCAUUAAUGGCCGCAUGGUGCUCACAGACCAGUUCGGAGUGACUCGCGUGCUUACCGAACAUGAAACGCGUGAAUACCUCGAAUCCAGGGGCGUUCACCCCAAUGACGAGGUGCCGGAUGAGUUGCGAGAGAAAAAGACCUACGUGCAGAUGUUAAAGCCUUGGUCGGCUCCGACGGAGAAUGCGUUGACAUUCAUUCCGCAGGUCUUUCUUCAUAUCGCUGAGGCAUACUCGUCUCCCGCCAUUCUCUACUCGACUUUGCUCUCUGCCAUCGUCCUCGGUUCGUCAAUCGGCAUGUCACUCACGUACGACACUGUCCUCGAGACUAGCUACAACUGGUCCGCCAGCUCGAUCGGCCUCAUCAACCUUGGCGGCGUAUUCGGCGGUUUCGGCGGUAUGUUUUAUGCCGGUUUUUUAGGCGACAAAUUUAUUAUCUGGAUGGCCAAACGCAACAACGGCAUUCACGCCCCCGAGCAUCGCUUGAUUCUGCUCAUUUUCCCGGGUAUCCUCGCCAUAGUCGCCCUCAUUCUCUACGGUUUCACCGCCAGUGGCGGCGCAACUUGGGGUGGACCGUACAUGGGAUGGACUUUGUACCAGAUCACAUUCGUCUCUGUUCUGAUUCUAUCUACUUCCUUUGCUGCUGAGGCCUGGGAGAAGAAUCCCGGCCCGGCGCUUGUGGCUGUGGUGGGAAUGAAGAAUAUUGUGGCCUUUGGGUUGAGUUAUGGAAUUAUCCCCAUGGUUAAUACUUAUAGUUAUAAAACUACAAUGGGGAUUUUGGCGGGUAUCAAUGCGGGGGUUUUUGCGCUUGGUAUUCCGGUUUACUUGUUGAACCCUAGAUGGCGUCGUUAUAUGCAAAACAAGGAGGAAAGGGCUGCUAAGUUGUAG